AUGAAUGCAGUCCACCAUGUGGUCUUGGGAAGGCUACAUCCGGAAUGUGAAUUUAUUUUUCAACUGAAAAAAGAUCAACAGAGAUGUCUAAAAGAAAUUGCAGAAAAUGGAAAUCACACAACUGAAGGCUGCGAGCAAACUUGGGAUGCAGUGGUGUGCUGGCCUCUUGCUACUGUUGGUGAGACAGUCAAUGUCACCUGCCCUCCAGUUUUCUCCUACUUAAUGAAAAACCCAGGUACAGUAAGCAGAAAUUGUACCAUUAACGGCUGGUCCAACCCAUUCCCUCCAUAUUAUCUUGCCUGUACUAUUGAAGAUGAGAUACCUGUAGAGAGAGAGUCCUACUUUGCAACAGUGAAAGUGAUUUACACAGUUGGAUAUGGAGCAUCUAUCUUUUCUCUUACCACUGCCAUGAUUAUUUUACUCAUGUUUAGGAGUCUUCACUGUGCUAGAAACUAUGUCCACAUCCAGCUCUUCGCAUCAUUCAUCCUGAGGGCUGUGGCAGUUUUUAUUAAGGAUGCCUCCCUGUUUGCAAGUGAUGAAACUGAGCAUUGCACCUUUUCUACAGGUGGGUGCAAGGCAGCAGUAGUUUUAUGUCAUUACUGUGUAAUGACUAAUUUCUUCUGGCUGUUGGUUGAAGCCCUCUACCUCAACUCACUUUUGUUCUCAUUCUUUCAUCGUGGAAGAAAAUACUUCCGUUGGUUUGUUCUAUUGGGCUGGGGAGUUCCAACAAUUUGUAUAAUUGCUUGGAUUAUUUCCAGGAUGUAUUUUGAAGACACUGAAUGCUGGGAUGUAAAUGAGAUUUCUUCAUUCUGGUGGAUAAUAAAGGGGCCUAUUGUUGUAUCUAUUGGGGUGAAUUUUAUACUUUUUAUAAACAUCAUACGAAUUUUAAUUCAGAAGCUGGAUCCCCAAUUAAUUCAGUUCAACAACUCAUCUCAAUACAGACGUUUGAUGAAGUCAACUCUGCUUCUCAUUCCAUUGUUCGGCACCCACUACAUAGUGUUUAACUUUCUCCCAGAUUAUGUAAAUAUAGAGGUGAGGCUGUACAUCGAACUCUGCAUGGGGUCAUUUCAGGGUCUCAUAGUUGCUGUCCUCUACUGCUUUCUCAACCAAGAAGUACAGACUGAGAUCCGACGAAAGUGGAUGCUGUGGUAUAGAAACUGCUAUGGGGAGGUACCAGUUGUGGCCAGAGAAAGUGAAAUGGAUACCCCUUUUUGAAUGCAAAUUUAAAAAAAAAAAAAAUUCUAUCUAUAUAGAAAGGACAAGUAUUUUUUUUCUUCAAACACAUUGCAUGAUGCCUAUAAUCGCUUCUUUGCUUGCUUAACUAAUCGUGAUGUGCACCAGUGUAUCUUGAUUGUUAGGUUAUUGUAUAGACUGGUUUACUUGGGUGCAGUGUGAAGUAAUAAUACAGGCAUAGAUAUACUGAGCCUUCAAAGAUGGACUUCAAACCUUUUAAACGUGUACAUAUCCAUAGCAGUAGAAUGUCUGCACUUCAUAUAACUUCAGUGUGUGGAAAAACAAAGUCAGCUGAUUGUGGGGUUCUAGAGAGGUGCAAGCAGAUGUAAUAAGACUUUCCUAUAAGCUCAUUUUGGUGUCAUAUGUUGGCAUGCCUAUUCUUACAUCACAGCUACAACCAGGCGUCGCCCACAAAUUAUGUGUUUGUCAAUAUGAUGAAAAUAAAGUUAUCCUCUUUCUAUAAAUAGUUCAAUGCAGCGUUAAUGUUUAUGGUACCAAACACACAUGG